ACGCCAGCGGCGCCCACUGCGCAGCGUCCGCGGCUCCGCUCCGCGUCCCUUCCCUGCCGGCGCCUGCCGCUCCCUUCCCGGCCCGUCCAUGUCCUUGCCCGUAGUGCUCCCGGGCUCCUGCUGCCCGGUGGCUGGGCUCUCAGGCGGGCCUCAGGCCGGGGGGCCGGGCGCCGUGCCGACCGCCGCCCAGGAGCCGCCGCUACCCCCGCUGCGGCCGCGCUGGCCCCGGGCGGUGUUGCAGCCCCCGGCGCGGCCUCGUUGUGCUGCGGCCGCCGCCGCCCCCGGGGUACUAACCACGCCGCCUGCUCUCUCCACUCGCCGGUCUGCCGCCGCCGCCGCCGCCGCCGCCCGCGGCUCCGCUCUGCUUCCCGCCCGCCCGCUGCUGUCGCUCGGGCUGCUGCAGCUGAUCCUGGGCUGCUGCAUGGUGGCGCUCAGUUUCGGGGCGCUGUCUCUGAGCAGCUCUCCGCAGGUGAAGAACUCGUGUCCGUUUUGGGCCGGCUCCUCGGUGAUACUCUCUGGAAUCAUAGGAUUAACAACUUGGAAAAGACCUAUGAUACUCCUGGUAAACCUCUUCGUGCUGCUCUCUGUGGUCUGUGUCCUCCUAAAUCUAGCUGGAUUUAUCCUAGGCUGCCAAGGGGCCCAAUUUGUAUCCAGUGUGCCCAGGUGUGAUCUGGUGGACUUAGGUGAAGGCAAGAUUUGCUUUUGUUGUGAAGAAUUUCAACCAGCCAAAUGCACAGACAAAGAAAAUGCCUUGAAACUCUUCCCAGUUCAGCCUUGCAGCGCUGUUCACCUUCUACUUAAGAAAGUUCUCUUUGCCCUGUGUGCCUUGAAUGCCCUGACCACCACCGUCUGCUUGGUGGCAGCCGCCCUUCGCUACCUCCAGAUAUUUGCAACUAGAAGAUCCUGCAUCGAUGAAUCCCAGAUCUCUGUUGAAGAAGUUGAAGAGCAUGGACGGAUGGCAGACCCCGAUGACUUCGUGCCUCCAGUGCCUCCUCCCUCCUAUUUUGCCACAUUUUACUCAUACACACCCCGUAUGAACCGCAGGAUGGUUGGUCCUGAUGUCAUUCCUCUCCCCCACAUCUACGGAGCCCGAAUCAAAGGUGUGGAAGUGUUCUGUCCUCUGGACCCACCCCCUCCGUAUGAAGCCGUGGUGAGCCAGACGGGCCAGGAGCAGGGAUCUUCAUUCCAAAUUACAGAAGGAUCAGAAGCUGCCAUGGGCCCGUUGGAACCCAUCUGUACACAAGCGACUCAAGGUGAGGACAUUGCUAACACACCCGGAGAACAGAGCACGUCCAUGUCAACUCCCAGCUCAAACCUGGUGCAUCCUGCAAGGAUCCACAGAGCCUUCCAGCCUCUGAGGACAAGAUCAAAGAGUGACCCCAUGCUCCAUCAUUUCGCAGACAGAGCUAUCCCCGUGCUUAGCUGUGAAGCUGCGACUCAGACUGAAGGAAGACUGGAGCUGGCUGCAGUAACUUUGAGGAGAGGCUUGAGACCAAGAGCUCUGCGCUCCAGGCCACGGUCUUUAAUAGAUUACAGAUCUUACAUCGACACCAAACUGCUGGUGGCGAGGUUCCUGGAGCAGUCCUCCUGCAGUAUGACCCCAGACAUCCAUGAACUUGUAGAGAACAUUAAAUCCGUUUUGAAGUCUGACGAGGAGCACAUGGAAGAAGCUAUCACAAGUGCCAGUUUCCUAGAACAGAUAAUGGCCCCCUUGCAGCCCAGCACUUCUCGGGCCCCCAUGCUGCCCUCGCGGAGACAGCCUGGCCUGCUGCACCUGCGGAGCUGCGGAGACCUGAGCACCUUUGCCAUGCCAGGGAGGCCAAGGGCCGAGAGGAGGCCCCGGCGAGCCGAGGCUGAACGGCCACACAGCCUUAUUGGUGUCAUCCGAGAGACAGUGCUGUGAACCUGGAGGGCCAGUUUCCUGUGUGAGCCUGAGGAGCACGGAGGAAGAAAGAUGGCCCUGGAAGGUGGAAGGCUGCUCCAAGGGGAAGGGUCCUCUUCCAUGCAGUUUCAUGGCUGGGAGUUGGGGUCCCUACUGGGAACUCCUCAAAAAGGGCAGCACUCUGGAGAAUAUUUGUUCCUGUUCUUUGGCUUCCAGUUUUGCUGACUGGGGGCACUCAAGGGUGAAUGAAGGGGUUCUUCCAGACCCAUUUGGUUUUUGGAUGCACUGUGUUGGAGGCUGUGAAGGCAGGGAUUUCUCCUUCCACUGCCAGGUCUCCCAGCGUUCCUGAGGCCCACAUGCCCUGGUGUGGGUAGAAACUGGGCUGAUUCUUUACCCACCUCACCCCUCAUGUCUGUCUUUGUUGGUGAGUUCUUUCCAUGACUAGAAGGACAAAUCUGUUGGGCUGCUAUAUAUAGUUGCCUGGGACCUUUGGCUCUGUGAGAGAGGAGUUGGCACAGAAACAAAAUGAUUAUCCCUGAUGUGGCUGAAAUAGUGAAGCCUCAUUUUAGGUCACCCUCAAAUACACUCUCUUAGGAAAAACAGGAAACUUUGUAAGCAGCAGAUUUUAAUGAAAGACAUUUAGGAAGAGAAAUAUUGUUGAUUCCAUUUAUUCAUGCUUGCAAAACUAGAGACUAAGGCAGAACUGAGAAUAAAAAUGUUUACUUUGGCUCUCUGG